GAGGCGAGGAAGUACUUAGAGAGGAGACGCAUCAUCUGUGCAGUGGUGGAAGCAACAUCUCCUGGUUGCAGUUCGACAGCGCUGCGCAGUGAGAAGCAACGUGUCCCAGUUUGUUCCCGAAGCUGUUUGAGUUGUGACGCGGGGAUGUGGAUUUACAAGAUCGUUCUCGGACUCGUCCUGGUUUCCUGUUCUGAGGGCAGACGAAAUGCGCUCCAGGACUAUCAGAAGACUGAGGGUAUCCGGUUGGUCAUGGUGUCUUCUGAUCCCUCCCACUUGACCACAACCAGAAAGCUGAGCAUGGCCAGGUGUGCCCGUUCCUGCAGCCGCAACAAAAGACUCCCAUUCACCUGCAGAGCAUUCCUCUAUGAUCAUAAAAACAGGAAAUGCCAGUGGCUGUCAUUUGAUAGGAACGUACCAGGAGCUCAGAUCCAACAGGACUUCAACUACCAACUCUAUCAAAAGAAAGACUAUGUCAGAGAGUGCAUUGUGGGUACAGGUCAGAGCUACAGGGGCCGGAGGUCAGUGACAGUGAGUGGGAUCCUGUGUCAGGCCUGGGCCUCUCCUAUUCCUCAUGAACACAAAUUCAUGUCCAAGAGGUUCAGGAAGAAGGACCUCAGAGAAAACUACUGCCGCAACCCAGACAACUCCACCGUUGGCCCAUGGUGCUUCACCACUGACCUCCUCAGACACCAGGAGUGUGGCAUACCACAGUGUUCACAGGUGGAGUGCAUGAACUGUAAUGGGGAAGAUUACACAGGGCCCAUGGACCACACAGAGAGUGGAAGGGAAUGCCAGCGCUGGGACCUGGAGGAACCACACAAACACCUGUACCACCCCAAGAGGUUCCCUGACCAGGGCCUGGAUGAUAACUACUGUAGGAACCCAGACGGACGCCACAGACCCUGGUGCUUUACCACAGACCCAAACACACCCUGGGAGUACUGCAACAUCAAAGUUUGUGAAAACCCCCCUGGAAGUAAUAUGGUGGAAACAACCGAGUGUUACCAGAGCAGAGGGCGGGGUUAUAAGGGGACGGUGGACAUGACGCCCACCGGACUCGCCUGCCAACGCUGGGACUCUCAGUAUCCCCACAACCACACAUUCUUUCCUCAAGCCUACCCCUGCAAGGACUUGAGAGAAAACUACUGUCGCAAUCCAGAUGGCCAAGAAUCCCCCUGGUGCUUCACUAUGGACCCUAGAGUCCGCACAAUGUUCUGCACCAACAUCCCUCAGUGUGGCACCCAGACAAAGCAUGUCAGUGACUGCUACGAAGGCUUUGGAGAGACUUACCAAGGAGAGCUGUCGAGGACUAGAUCAAACCUGCCCUGCACUCCCUGGACUGACCACAGCAACAGCGGUGAGAGGGACAUGCUGAUGGCUGGCCUGGAGGGAAACUACUGCAGAAAUCCUGAUAAAGACAAACAUGGCCCCUGGUGUUAUACCAACAACUCUGCGAUACCCUGGGACUACUGCACUGUAAAACCAUGUGAUGGUUCACAGAACACCAUUCCAUUGGGUGAGCUGUCCUCUGUGGGGUGUUUCGUUCAUAAACGAACAAGGAUUGUUGGAGGAGGUCCAGUGAGCAUAUCAGACGGCAGCUGGAUGGUCAGCAUACAGAAAGGCUCCAUGCACUGGUGUGGGGGUUCACUGAUACGAGAGAAGUGGGUACUCACUGACAGACAGUGCUUCUCCUCAUGUGUUCCAGACCUCAGUGAGUAUCGGGUAUGGCUGGGAGUCUCUGAUAUUGGAGAGGGCGCUGCUGACUCCAACAGACAGGAAGUCAGCAUAGCUCAUGUGAUAUGUGGCCCAGAGGGCUCGAGUUUAGCCCUCAUAAGGCUGUCGAAGCCUGCACUACCUGCAGACAACGUCCAUACGAUUCAGCUGCCUGUGGCCGGGUGCUCCAUCCCAGAAGGAACGAUAUGUAAAAUGUAUGGAUGGGGUGAGACCAAAGGCACUGGACAUGACGAUGUGUUAAAAGUGGUUAACAUGCCCCUCGUCAGCAACGAGCGGUGUCGAGAAAUGCACAGAGGGAACUUCCACAUCAGUGACACCAAGAUCUGUGCAGGUGGCAGGAGGAAUGAGGGAGUGUGUGAGAGGGAUUAUGGCGGCCCUCUUGUGUGUCAGGAUGGUGACAUCAGGGUUAUUGUUGGCGUGAGCGUCCAUGGCAGAGGCUGCGCUCGGGCCAACCAGCCUGGCAUCUUCAUCAAUGUGCCCUUCUACGCGCAAUGGAUCCACAAGGUCUUCAAAUACUACCCCAACCCUGAGACUGAUUAAACCAAAGUCAGAGGAGAAUAAAACAGAACCAGGGGACAAAAUCCACCCUGGAGCCUCAACUUCUGUAAAUCCACACUCAGGACACCAGAUGUCUAUGUUGUCCAUUACCAGCGGGUCAAUGUAAACUGAUCAAAGAACAGAUGAAUGGAAAGGGAAACAUUAUGAUGUCAGAUUUAAACAUAUUAUUAACAGACACAACACUGAUCCUGUGACUCACUGACGGUAAUUAUGAAGAGGAAAAAAAUAUUCGUAUUUCAGAAAUGGGAAAUGAAGCUGUAGCAAAAGAAAGGAUCCAUUCCAAGUUUUAUAUUACAGUUAAAGGGAAAGAUAUCCUUGAUUGAGUUUGAAGCACACCAGACAAAACAUUUGGUGUUCAUGUAUUUUUUGUCUUUUAUUGGGAAUUCACCAGAGCAUGUGUGCAUGUGAAUACUCUUGAUUCCUGGCAUUACUUGAAUGUUCUAAAACACCAAAGUGCAGUGGUUCAGCAGCUCCCUUGGUAGAGUACCUCAAUGGGCCACUUAGAAAUACUAUCCGAUGGUAGGGCAACGUUAAGGGCACUCUCACCAUAAAGUGGCCCUUACUGUACAUAGUAUUUUAAUGAGUGUAUUUGACACUCUAGAGGUGAUUUGGGUCUUAUAGAUCUAUGACAAGAGAAAAAUUAAUGUUGUGUUUGGCAGAGUAAUUAUGU